UCGGGCCGCCGCGGCGAAUCUCGCAUCCUCCGCGGGGCGGCUGCGGAGGAGGCGGCGCCCCGGCGGCGGAGGACCGACCGAUCGACGGCCAAGGGCGCGGGGACCGACGGCAGGCUGCCCGGAGGGGAGCGCGGGCCGCAGACCGGCGGACGACGAUGCGCGGCCCCAGGCCCCGCGCGGGCGGGCGCUGCCCGGGGGGCUGACCGCAGCCGGACGGCGCCCCAGCACCGGGCACCGGAGCCCGCGUCUCGCGGAGGUCAAGGAACCUGAGUAGGAACCAAGGCCCAAGCUGCACUUGAUCCAAAACCUAACACCAGUUAGUCCCCGAGGCUGGUCUGGAGCUGGAGCUCCAGCAACAACUGGGCUGUUCCUGUCAUGCAGAAGGAACCAGGCAUUGCACUUUCCUGCCCUGGCAUGAAGAGCCCCAGGCCCCUCUUCCUGCUCUCAUCGCUGCUGCUGCUACUGCUACUAGGGGCCUGGGUGACAGGUGCCCAGGGUCAGGCAGGAAGCCUAGACCUGCAGAUUGAUGAGGAACAGCCAGCGGGCACACUGAUCGGGGAUAUCAGUGCAGGCCUUCCGGCAGGCACAGCAGCACCUCCCAUGUAUUUCAUCUCUGCCCAGGAGGGCAGUGGUGUGGGCACAGACCUAGCCAUCGAUGAACACAGUGGGGUCGUCCGGACAGCCCGUGUCUUGGACCGCGAGCGGCGGGACCGCUACCGCUUCACUGCAGUCACUCCUGACGGUGCCACCGUGGAAGUUACAGUGCGUGUGGCUGACAUCAACGACCAUGCUCCAGCCUUCCCACAAGCUCGGGCCACUCUCCAGAUACCUGAGCAUACAGCUUUUGGCACCCGCUAUCCGCUGGAGCCUGCUCGUGAUGCAGAUGCUGGCCACUUGGGAACCCAAGGCUAUGCACUGUCCGGUGAUGGAGCUGGUGAGACCUUCCGGCUAGAGACGCGCCCUGGGCCAGAUGGGGCUCCUGUGCCUGAGCUUGUAAUUACUGGGGAGCUAGACCGAGAGAACCACUCCCACUACAUGCUGCAGCUAGAGGCCUAUGAUGGUGGUUCACCACCCCGGAGAGCCCAGGCCCUGCUGGACGUGACCCUGCUGGACAUCAAUGACCAUGCCCCAGCUUUCAAUCAGAGCCGCUACCAUGCCGUGGUGUCUGAGAGCCUGGCCCCAGGCAGUCCCGUCUUGCAAGUAUAUGCAUCUGAUGCUGACGCUGGUGCCAAUGGGGCUGUCACUUAUGAAAUCAACCGGAGACAGAGUGAGGGUGACGGGCCCUUCUCCAUUGAUGCCCACACGGGGCUGUUGCGGUUGGAGCGCCCCCUGGACUUUGAGCAACGGCGGGUCCAUGAACUGGUGGUGCAGGCACGGGAUGGUGGGGCUCACCCCGAGCUGGGCUCAGCCUUUGUGACUGUGCACGUGCGAGAUGCCAAUGACAAUCAGCCCUCCAUGACUGUCAUCUUCCUAAGUGCAGAUGGCUCCCCACGAGUGUCUGAGGCUGCCCCACCUGGGCAGCUGGUGGCUCGGAUAUCCGUGUCUGACCCAGAUGAUGGUGACUUUGCCCAUGUCAACGUGUCCCUGGAGGGUGGAGAGGGCCACUUUGCCCUAAGCACCCAAGACAGCGUCAUCUAUCUGGUGUGUGUGGCUCGACGGCUGGACCGGGAAGAAAGGGAUGCCUAUAACUUGCGGGUUACUGCCACAGACUCAGGCUCCCCUCCACUGCGGGCUGAGGCUGCCUUUGUGCUGCAUGUCACCGAUGUCAAUGACAACGCUCCUGUCUUUGAUCACCAGCUCUACCGGCCCGAGCCUCUGCCUGAAGUUGCACUGCCUGGCAGCUUUGUGGUGCGGGUGACAGCACAGGACCCUGACCAAGGCACCAACGGUCAAGUCACCUACAGCCUGGCCCCUGGCGCUCAUACCCGCUGGUUCUCCAUCGACCCCACCUCAGGCAUCAUCACCACGGCUGCCUCACUGGACUAUGAGUUGGAACCUCAGCCACAGCUGAUUGUGGUAGCCACGGAUGGGGGCCUGCCCCCUCUGGCCUCCUCUGCCACAGUUAGCGUGGCCCUGCAAGAUGUGAAUGAUAAUGAGCCCCAGUUCCAGAAGACGUUCUACAAUGCCUCACUGCCUGAGGGAACCCAGCCUGGAACCUGCUUCCUGCAGGUGACAGCCACGGAUGCAGACAGUGGCCCUUUCGGCCACCUCUCCUAUUCCUUGGGUGCUGGACUGGGAGCCUCUGGGUCUCCCCCAUUUCGCAUUGAUGCCCGCAGUGGAAAUGUGUGCACGAUCCGGACCCUGGACCGAGACCAGGGACCCUCGAGCUUUGACUUCACUGUGACUGCUGUGGAUGGGGGAGGCCUCAAGUCCAUGGUGUAUGUGAAGGUGUUUGUGUCAGACGAAAAUGACAACCCACCUCACUUUUAUCCACGGGAGUAUGCUGCCAGUCUGAGUGCCCAGAGUACACCAGGCACAGCUGUGAUGAGAGUCCGUGCUCAUGACCCUGACCAGGGUCCCCAUGGGAGACUCUCCUAUCACAUUCUGGCUGGCAAUAGCCCUCCACUUUUUGCCUUGGAUGAACAAACAGGGCUGUUGACAGUAGCAUGGUCCUUGGCCAGGCGAGCGAAUUCUGUGGUGCAGCUGGAGAUUGGAGCUCAGGAUGGAGGUGGCCUGCAGGCAGAACCCAGCGCCCGAGUCAACAUCAGCAUCGUACCUGGAACCCCCACACCACCCAUAUUUGAAAAACUACAGUAUGUUUUUUCUGUGGCAGAGGAUGUGGCACCUGGCACCAGCGUGGGCGUAAUCCAGGCACACAACCCACCAGGUCGCCUGGGGCCUGUGACCCUUGCACUAUCGGGAGGGGAUCCCAAGGGGCUCUUCUCCCUGGAUGCAGCCUCAGGGCUACUGCAAACUUCUCGCCCUCUGGACCGAGAGCUUCUUGGACCAGUGCUGGAGCUGGAGGUGCGAGCUGGCAGUGGAAUACCUCCAGCUUUCGCUGUAGCUCGGGUGCGUGUGCUGCUGGAUGAUGUGAAUGACAACUCGCCUGCCUUCCCUGCACCUGAAGACACUGUCCUGCUGCCACCAAACACUGCCCCUGGGACUCCUAUCUAUACACUACGGGCUCUGGACCCUGACUCGGGGGUAAACAGUCGAGUCACCUUCACCCUGCUUGCUGGAGGCAGUGGGGUCUUCACUGUGGACCCCACCACUGGCCAUGUUCGGCUCCUGGGACCUCUGGGACCCCCAGGAGGGCCAGCCCAUGAAUUGGAACUGGAGGCCCGGGAUGGGGGCUCUCCACCACGCACCAGCCACUUUCGACUGCGGGUGGUGGUACAGGACCUGGGGACCCAUGGGCUGGCUCCCCGGUUCGACAGCCCCAUCUAUCGUAUCGACCUGCCCUCGGGCACCACCCCUGGGACUCAAGUCUUACAGGUGCAGGCCCAGGCACCAGAUGGGGGCGCUAUAACCUAUCAUCUUGCAACAGAUGGAGCAAGUAGCCCCUUUGGUCUAGAGCCACAAAGCGGGUGGCUAUGGGUGCGGGCAGCGCUGGACCGUGAAGCUCAGGAGUUGUACACACUGAAAGUCAUAGCCGUGUCGGCAUCCAGAGCUGAACUGGGGCAGCAGACAGGCACAGCUACUGUGAAGGUCAGCAUCCUCAACCAGAAUGACCACAGUCCCCGCUUGUCUGAGGAGCCCACCUUCUUGGCUGUAGCUGAAAACCAGCCCCCAGGAACAAGUGUGGGCCGGAUCUUUGCCACUGACAGAGACUUGGGACCCAACGGACGUCUGACCUACAGCCUGCGUCAGCUGUCGGAAGACAGCAAGGCCUUCCGUAUCCAGCCCCAGACAGGUGAGGUGACCACACUCCAAACCCUGGACCGCGAGCAGCAGAGCAGCUACCAGCUCCUGGUGCAGGUGCAGGAUGGAGGAAGUCCACCCCGCAGCACUACAGGCACCGUGCACAUUGCAGUGCUGGACCUCAAUGACAACAGCCCCACCUUCCUACAGGCUUCAGGAGCUGCUGGCGGGGGUCUCCCUAUACAGGUACCAGAUCGCGUGCCUCCAGGAACACUGGUGACAACUCUGCAAGCCAAAGAUCCGGAUGAGGGGGAGAACGGAACCAUCCUGUACACACUCACUGGUCCUGGCUCAGAACUCUUCUCUCUGCACCCCCACUCCGGGGAACUGCUCACUGCUGCAUCCCUGAGCCGAGCAGAGCGGCCCCACUAUGUGCUGACACUGAGUGCUCAUGACCAAGGCAGCCCACCUCGAAGUGCCAGCCUCCAGUUGCUCGUUCAGGUGCUUCCCUCAACCCGCCUGGCUGAACCGCCACCAGAUCUUACGGAGCCAGACCCUGGGGCACCAGUGCCUGUGGUGCUAACAGUGACGGCAGCCGAGGGGCUGAAGCCAGGCUCCCUGCUGGGCUCUGUGGCGCCCCCAGAGCCGGCGGGUGUGGGCGCACUAACCUACACACUGGUGGGAGGCGCCGACCCCGAGGGCACCUUCGCUCUGGACGCGGUCUCAGGACGCCUGUACCUGGCGCGGCCCUUGGAUUUCGAGGCGGGCCCGGCGUGGCGCGCGCUCACGGUGCGCGCCGAGGGGCCCGGCGGCGCAGGCGCGCGGCUGCUGCGAGUGCAAGUGCGCGUGCAGGAUGAGAAUGAGCACGCACCCACCUUUGCGCGCGACCCGCUGGCGCUAGCGCUACCAGAGAACCCCGAGCCUGGGGUGGCGCUGUACACUUUCCGCGCGUCGGACGCCGACGGCCCUGGCCCCAACAGCGACGUGCGUUACCGCCUGCUGCGCCAGGAGCCACCUACGCCCCCGCUCCGCCUGGACGCGCGUACUGGGGCUCUCAGCGCUCCCCGGGGCCUGGACCGGGAGACCACACCCGCGCUGCUCCUGCUCGUGGAAGCCACCGAUCGGCCCGCCAACGCUAGCCGUCGCCGCGCAGCACGCGUUUCUGCGCGGGUCUUUGUCACAGAUGAGAAUGACAACGCACCAGUUUUCGCGUCGCCCUCUCGCGUGCGCCUCCCGGAAGAUCAGAAACCUGGGCCCGCGGCUCUGCACGUGGUGGCCCGGGACCCAGAUUUGGGCGAGGCCGCACGGGUGUCCUAUCGCCUGGCAGCUGGCGGGGAUGGCCACUUUCGGCUGCACCCGAACACUGGAGCGUUGUCCGUGGUGCGACCCCUGGACCGUGAGCAGCGAGCUGAGCACAUCCUGACCGUGGUGGCCUCAGACCACGGCUCGCCACCGCGCUCUGCCACACAACUCCUGACCAUCAGUGUUGCCGAUGUCAACGAUGAGGCACCCGCUUUCCAGCAGCAGGAGUACAGCGUCCUCUUGCGGGAGAACAGCCCUCCUGGCACUUCUCUUCUCACUCUGCGAGCCACCGACCCCGACCUCGGCGCCAAUGGGCAAGUCACUUAUGGAGGAGUGUCCUGUGAAAGCUUCUCUUUGGACCCAGACACUGGAGUUCUCACAACUCUUCGGGCUCUAGAUAGGGAGGAGCAAGAGGAGAUCAACCUGACAGUAUAUGCCCGGGACAUGGGCUCGCCACCGCUGUUAACUCAUGUCACUGUACGAGUGACUGUGGAAGAUGAGAAUGACCACACACCAACCUUUGGGACUUCCCACCUUUCCCUGGAGGUGCCUGAGGGUCAGGACCCCCAGACCCUUACUGUGUUCCGGGCCUCUGACCCAGAUGUGGGCGCCAACGGACAGCUGCAGUACCGCAUCCUGGAUGGAGACCCGUUGGGAGCCUUUGUCCUGGAUCUUGCUUCUGGGGAGUUUGGCACUAUGAGGCCACUAGAUCGGGAAGUAGAGCCAGCAUUCCAGCUGCGGAUAGAGGCUCGGGAUGGAGGCCAGCCAGCUCUUAGUGCCACUCUACUUGUGACAGUCACAGUACUGGAUGCCAACGACCAUGCCCCCGCCUUUCCUGUGCCUGCCUACAAUGUAGAGGUGCCCGAGGAUGCACCUGCAGGAACCCUGCUGCUGCAGUUACAGGCUCAUGACGCUGAUUCCGGGGCCAACGGCCGUGUGACCUACUACCUGGGUGCAGGUGCAGCAGGAGCCUUCCUGCUGGAGCCCAGCUCUGGGGAAUUGCGCACUGCGACAAACCUGGACAGAGAACAGUGCCCCAGCUACGCCUUCUCUGUGACCGCUGUGGAUGGUGCAGCAGCUGGGCCCCUGAGCACCACAGUGCCUGUCACGAUCACAGUGCGCGAUGUUAAUGACCAUGCACCCACCUUUCCCACCAGCCCUCUGCGCCUGCGUCUGCCCCGCCCAGGGCCCAGCCCCAGGACCCCAACCUUACCUCUGGCCACACUACGAGCUGAAGAUCGUGACGCUGGUGCUAACGCCUCCAUUUUGUACCGACUGGCAGGCACACCACCUCCUGGCACCACUGUGGACUCAUACACUGGUGAAAUUCGUAUGGCCCGCUCUCCUGGAGCCCUGAGCCCUCGGGAUCGUGUCCUCUUCAUUGUGGCCACUGAUCUUGGCCGUCCAGCUCGCUCUGCCACUGGUGUGGUCAUUGUUGGACUGCAGGGGGAAUCUGAACGUGGACCCCGAUUUCCCCGGGCUAGUAAUGAGGCUACACUUCGUGAGAAUGCGCCCCCAGGAACUCCUGUUGCAUCCCCCAAGGCUGUCCAUGCAGGAGGCUCAAAUGGACCGAUCACCUACAGCAUUCUCAGUGGAAACGAAAAGGGCACGUUCUCUAUCCAGCCUGGUACAGGAGCCAUCACAGUUCGAUCAGCAGAGGGGCUGGACUUUGAGGCCAGCCCACGGCUGCGACUGGUGCUGCAGGCCGAGAGCGGCGGGAUCUUUGCCUUCUCUGUGCUGACCCUGACCCUGCAAGAUGCCAACGACAACGCUCCCCGUUUCUUGCAGCCUCACUAUGUGGCCUUCUUGCCUGAGUCUCGGCCCUUAGAAGGGCCUCUGCUGCAGGUGGAGGCAGAUGACUUGGAUCAAGGCUCUGGAGGACAGAUAUCCUACAGUCUGGCUGCAUCCCAGCCAGCACGAGGACUAUUCCAGGUCGACCCAGCCACAGGCACUAUCACUACCACAGCCAUCCUAGACCGUGAGAUCUGGGCCGAAACACGGCUGGUACUGAUGGCCACAGACAGAGGAAGCCCAGCCCUGGUGGGCUCAGCUACCCUGACAGUGAUGGUCAUCGACACCAAUGACAACCGCCCCACCAUCCCUCAGCCCUGGGAGCUUCGGGUGUCAGAAGAUGCACUAUUGGGCUCAGAGAUUGCCCAAGUAACAGGGAAUGAUGUGGACUCUGGGCCAGUGCUGUGGUAUGUGCUGAGCCCCUCUGGGCCCCAGGAUCCUUUCAGUGUUGGCCGCUAUGGAGGCCGCAUCUCCCUCAUGGGCCCCUUGGACUUUGAGCAGCGUGACCGCUACCACCUGCAGCUGCUGGCACACGAUGGGCCUCAUGAGGGCCAUGCUAACCUCACAGUGCUUGUGGAAGACGUCAAUGACAACAGCCCCACCUUCUCUCAGAGCCUUUACCAGGUGACGCUGCUCGAACACACCCCUCCGGGCAGUGCCAUUCUCUCCGUCUCUGCCACUGACCGGGACUCCGGUGCUAAUGGUCACAUCUCCUACCACCUGGCUUCCCCCGCUGAGGGCUUCAGUGUUGACCCGAACAAUGGAACCUUAUUCACAACAGUGGGAGCUGUGUCACUGGGUUAUGAGGGACCAGGAGUGGUGGAUGUGGUGCUGGAAGCAAGAGAUCAUGGGGCCCCAGGCCGGGCAGCCCGAGCCACGGUGCAUGUGCAACUCCAGGACCAGAAUGACCACUCCCCCAGCUUCACAUUGCCACACUACCGGGUAGCUGUGACUGAAGAUCUGCCUCCAGGCUCCACCCUCCUCACCCUGGAGGCCACAGAUGCCGAUGGAAGCCGUACCCACGCUACUGUUGACUACAGCAUCAUCAGUGGCAACCGGGGCCAAGUCUUCCAGCUGGAACCCCGCCUGGCUGAGGCUGGGGAGGGUGGCGGACCAGGCCCCAGAGUAUUGGGCUGCCUGGUGCUGCUUGAGCCUCUAGACUUUGAAAGCCUAACACAAUACAAUCUAACUGUAGCUGCAGCUGACCGAGGGCAGCCACCCCGCAGCUCGGCCGUGCCAGUCACUGUCACUAUACUAGAUGUCAAUGACAACCCACCUGUCUUUACCCGAGCAUCCUAUCGUGUGGCAAUACCCGAGGACACUGCUGUUGGAGCUGAGCUGCUGCACGUAGAGGCCUCCGAUGCCGACCCUGGCCCUCACGGGCUCGUGCGGUUCACCCUCAGCUCAGGAGACCCUGCGGGGCUCUUUGAGCUAGAUGAGAGCUCGGGCACCUUGAGACUGGCCCACCCCCUGGACUGUGAGACCCAGACUCGACAUCAGCUUGUGGUUCAGGCUGCCGACCCUGCUGGGGCACACUUUGCUUUGGCACCCGUGACAGUCGAAGUCCAGGAUGUGAAUGACCAUGGGCCAGCCUUUCCACUCAGUUUGUUGAGCACCAGCCUGGCUGAGAACCAGCCCCCAGGCACUCUUGUUACCACUCUACAUGCAAUUGAUGGGGAUGCCGGGGUGUUUGGCAAACUCCACUAUAGCUUGCUGGAGGCUGGGCCAGGGCCUGAGGGCCGAGACGCGUUUGCCCUAAAUAGCUCAACAGGGGAGCUGCGGGCACGAGUGCCCUUUGAUUACGAGCACACAGGAAGCUUCCGGCUGUUGGUGGGUGCUGCUGAUGCUGGCAAUCUUUCAGCCUCUGUCACUGUGUCAGUGCUGGUGACUGGAGAGGAUGAAUAUGACCCUGUAUUCCUCGCUCCAGCUUUCCACUUCCAAGUGCCAGAAGGUGCCCGGCGUGGCCACAGCUUGGGUCAUGUGCAGGCCACGGACGAGGAUGGAGGUGCUGAUGGCCUGGUGCUAUAUUCCCUUGCCACCUCUUCCCCUUAUUUUGGUAUCAACCAGACUACAGGUGCUCUGUACUUGCGAGUGGACAGUCGGGCUCCAGGCAGCGGCACAGCCACCUCAGGGGGUGGAGGCCGGACACGCCGUGAGGCACCACGGGAGCUGAGACUAGAGGUGGUAGCCCGGGGACCGCUGCCUGGCUCCCGGAGUGCCACAGUGCCUGUGACUGUGGAUAUCACCCAUACCGCAUUGGGCCUGGCACCUGACCUCAACCUGCUCUUGGUGGGGGCUGUGGCAGCCUCCUUGGGAGUUGUGGUGGUGCUUGCACUGGCUGCUCUGGUCUUGGGGCUUGUUAGGGCCCGUAGCCGCAAGGCUGAGGCGGCCCCAGGUCCCAUGUCACAGGCAGCACCGCUAGCCAGUGGCUCCCUGCAGAAGCUGGGCCGGGAGCCACCCAGUCCACCACCCUCUGAGCAUCUCUAUCACCAGACUCUCCCCAGCUAUGGUGGGCCAGGAACUGGAGGACCCUAUCCCCGAGGAGGCUCCCUGGACCCUUCACACUCAAGUGGCCGAGGCUCAGCAGAAGCUGCAGAGGAUGAUGAGAUCCGCAUGAUCAAUGAGUUCCCCCGUGUGGCCAGUGUGGCCUCCUCCCUGGCUGCCCGUGGCCCUGACUCAGGCAUCCAACAGGAUGCAGAUGGACUAAGUGAUACAUCCUGCGAACCACCUGCCCCCGACACCUGGUAUAAGGGCCGGAAGGCAGGGCUGCUGCUGCCAGGUGCAGGAGCCACACUGUACCGUGAGGAAGGCCCCCCAGCCACUGCCACGGCCUUCCUGGGAGGCUGUGGCCUAAGCCCUGCACCCACUGGGGACUAUGGCUUUCCAGCAGAUGGCAAGCCAUGUGUGGCAGGUGCAUUGACAGCCAUAGUGGCUGGUGAGGAGGAGCUCCGUGGCAGCUAUAACUGGGACUACCUGCUAAGCUGGUGCCCUCAGUUCCAGCCACUGGCCAGUGUCUUCACAGAAAUCGCUCGACUCAAGGAUGAAGCUCGACCAUGUCCCCCAGCCCCCCGUAUUGACCCACCACCCCUCAUCACUGCCGUGGCCCACCCUGGAGCCAAGUCUGUGCCCCCCAAACCAGCGAGCACGGCUGCAACCCGGGCCAUCUUCCCACCGGCCUCUCAUCGCUCGCCCAUCAGCCACGAAGGCUCCCUGUCCUCAGCUGCCAUGUCUCCCAGCUUCUCACCUUCGCUGUCUCCUCUGGCUGCUCGCUCACCUGUUGUCUCACCAUUUGGAGUGGCCCAGGGCCCCUCCACCUCAGCACUCAGUGCAGAGUCUGGCCUGGAGCCGCCUGAUGACACAGAGCUGCACAUCUAGCUGUGGCCCAGGCUGGGCCCCGACCUGGGAUACGAACCGUGUCCCCAACGCAGGCCCCACUCUGAGCCUGCCCUGAGCUGCCUCGGACUGUGACUAGCCAGGGGAAGGCCACCACCAGGCCCCAGCUCUCCACCCCAAACUUUUCCAGUGGGGGACGGGACCCACAGUUCAUCCCAGCCCCCUCAGAGCAAUAGGACCACAGAGUGGCCCUGUUAGUCACUGACCUAUGACCAGGUCCAAUGUGGGGAGCAAUAUGAAGGAGGUGGCAGCCCUGGGUUCUCAGUGAGGGCUUCUUGCCCUGUGCCAGCACCCUGAGGUGGAGCUGAGACUUUAUUUAUUGGGGGGUAGGGGGUGGCGGUGGUCCCUCCAACUUGUUUGGGCCCAGCUCCUUUGGGUUCCUCUGACACUCCUACCCCUGCCAAGAACAAGUGCCAAUUCUCACUCUGGAGCCUUAAUAAACUGCAGUUUGUAUCCA